ACAUCUGGGUGCAUCUUCAAGGAUUACAGCCUUAGCUUUCUCCCACUGGUUUCUUCACUCCAGCAGUCAUGAUCUUAAGCAUUGCAUUGAUUUGGGCUGUAGUGGUGGGGAUCUGUUGCUGCCUAUGGCUUAUCCUGGGAGUACGCAGAAGGCAACCUGGGGAGCCUCCAGUGGAAAAUGGUUUGAUUCCUUACCUUGGCUGUGCUCUUCAGUUUGGUGCCAACCCUUUGGAAUUCCUCCGCAGCAGACAAAAGAAAUAUGGUCACAUUUUUACCUGUAAGAUUGCUGGACAGUAUGUCCAUUUCCUUUGCGAUCCAUUCUCCUACCAUUCCGUCAUCCGCCAAGGAAGGCAUCUAGACUGGAAGAAAUUUCACUUUGAUGUCUCUGCUAAGGCAUUUGGUCAUGAGAGCAUGGAUCCCAGCCACGGUUACACCACCGAGAAUGUGCAUCAGACCUUUCUCAAGACCCUACAAGGAGAUGCCCUGCCAUCUCUCAUUGAAACCAUGAUGGAGAACCUGCAGGGCACGAUGCUGCAACAGGGCAUUUUGAAAGCCAAGCCCUCAGAGUGGCAAGUUGAUGGUAUUUUUGCCUUUUGCUACAAGAUCAUGUUUGAAGCAGGCUACCUGACCCUCUUUGGAAAGGAGCUGGAUGGAGACAAAAGCGUGGCACGUCAACAGGCCCAGAAAGCGCUGGUGCUCAAUGCUCUGGAGAACUUCAAAGAGUUUGACAAGAUCUUCCCUGCCCUGAUCGCUGGACUUCCCAUUCAUGUUUUCAUGAGCGCCCACAGCGCCCGCGAGAACCUUGCCAAGACCAUGCUUCACGAGAACCUCAGCAAGCGUGCCAAUGUGUCAGACCUCAUAUCUUUGCGCAUGCUGUUGAACGACACGCUGUCUUCCCUCAACGAGUUGAGCAAAGCCAGGACCCAUGUUGCCAUUCUGUGGGCUUCCCAGGCAAACACUUUACCCGCCACCUUCUGGACCCUGUUUUACAUGAUCAGGUGCCCUGCUGCCUUAAGGGCUGCCAGCGAGGAGGUGAAGAAAACCUUCGAAAGUUCUUACCAAAAGGUCGAUCCCACCAAUUCUCGACUUGUUCUAACAAGGGAGCAACUAGACAACAUGCCCAUUCUCGAUAGUAUAAUUAAAGAGGCUAUGAGACUAUCGAGUGCGUCACUGAACAUAAGAGUUGCCAAGGCUGACUUCCUUCUUCAAUUGGACAACAAAGAGUCUUACCGCAUACGCAAAGAUGAUGUAAUAGCUAUGUAUCCCCCCAUGCUUCACUUUGAUCCUGAAAUCUAUGAUGAUCCAAUGACAUACAAGUAUGAUAGAUACCUUGAUGAAAAUGGACAAGAGAAGACCAGCUUUUACAGAAACGGACGCAAACUUCGUUACUUCUACAUGCCGUUCGGCUCCGGGGUCACCAAGUGUCCGGGCCGCUUCUUCGCUGUGCAUGAGAUCAAGCAGUUUUUGUCUUUGAUUCUCUCUUAUUUUGAGAUGGAACUUUUGGACUCUGACGUUAAAGUGCCUCCACUGGAUCAGUCACGGGCCGGUCUGGGUAUUCUGCAGCCCACCUAUGAUGUUGACUUUCGAUACAGGCUCAAAACUCAUUGAGAUGAUACGUUUAUUUAUUGACUGGACUGUAGAUAAUGUAUAUUUUGUGUCAUGUAUGGCAAUACAAAUGUAAAUAGGUUUAAAAAAAGAAACCUGUGGGCUCCCCUUGUAGAAUUUUCAGUAACAUUUACUGCCUGUAAGCUAUUUGUCUUCACAAAAAAAUCUUAUAUUGUGUAAAUAAUAAAAAAACAGAUUUUAAGGUUUACUUUUUAGUUAUUGUACUUUUUAAUUCAUUUUAUUUCAUUCUUUAUAUUUUAUUAAGUUCUAACAACUAACAGUUUCAGGAACUAAAGUAUGUCGAUUUUUUUUUAAAUAGUUUUUCAGUAUUUAAAGCAACACUAUGUAGUUUUUUUACCUUUAAAUAAUGUCUCUAAAAUUAUUUCAGUGAUAGAACAACUUUUAACUUGACAAAUUGUACUGUUGCUGCAACCUGAGCAGUCUCCUAGCUGCUACAAGCACACUCUGAAAGUGGCGGUGGAGGGUAGGAAACACGGCCCCGCCCCUCCCCCUGCCUGCAGAAGAGUGUCUGAUACCAGGCACUGUUGCGCUUUUCAACCACAUGGGGGAGCUGUAAGUCAUUUUUACAUGGAAACUACAUUGUGUUGCUUUAAUUGCUGCUUUGUCUCAUUGGUGUUCAUGUGAUGAGUGUUAUUUGGAUGUUUUCAAUGUUGCAAAAGUAAAAAAAGAAACAAUUUGAAUAAACUCAAGACUGUGUAAGUGAUUGUCAAUACAUGUAUUUACAAUUACAAAUGAAAUACUAAAAUAUG